CGCAGCAGCCAAUGAGCGCGCUGUGUGCGCCAAGUAGAGGCAGAGAAUGGUGUGUGCAGACGCACAGUGCGCUCUGAGGAGGAGGAAAACACUCCACUUCUCUCCGCUGCCAAGCGCCUCUUCACAACACGGGAGCAAACACGCACCGGACUGGAUGUUUUGGACGGAGGGAAGAAGGAAAAUAACCCACUCAGAAGGAUUUUAAAUAAUUUUGUGGCCCUUUUAUUCCAGGGUUCCUGUUUUAUCGUCGAGUGGCGUCUUGGCCUGGCAUGCGUCCUGUCCGCCUCAAUGUUAUUAAACACUUGAGCGUCACGUUUAUGGAGCUUUCAGCGGGGAUGUAGCAGAGGACAAACCCACUUCAACAAGCUUAACACUUUUCAUUCAACAGGAAUAGAGUGACACUGAUAGAAGGUAAAUUACAUUUUGAAAGACUGCUGCUGGUUUAUGGAAACUGAAACACUUCUCUGAAAGACGACUGCCUGUUUUAACAUUGAUGGUGGGUUGCCUUAUGAUGACCCCCGUCUGGAGGUCAUAGCUGACGCUUCUCACUUCCCACCUCAUCACUGCCCCUCACCCCAAUGAUGACUAUGAGCUCUAUAUCGGACACUUUAGUCCCGCCUGAUCCGUCCAAAUCGGCGUUUUUGGAGUUCGGCGGCCACGGUUACCCCGGACACCAGCAGUCCUCCCCCGGCCUGUCCCACAACCAUUACCCGGUUCACGGUCUGCACGCCGUCGGGCCCUCACAGCACGACGGGCCCUUCUCCUCCGGUGCGUCCUCAUACGGUCGCCCGCUGGGAUACCCGCCCUAUCACAGCCCCGUGAGCGCGCACCACCCCGGGGCCUACCUGCCCUAUCAGCACGGGGGUCACGGCGGCGCGCUGGGACACACCAGACUGGAGGAUGCGGAACACGAGAAGCCCACGGAGGUGAUACACAACGGGGAGGUGAGGCUGAACGGAAAGGGGAAGAAGAUCAGGAAGCCUCGGACCAUUUACUCCAGCCUGCAGCUCCAGGCGCUCAACCAGCGCUUCCAGCAAACCCAGUACCUCGCCUUGCCCGAGAGGGCCGACCUGGCAGCCAAACUGGGCCUGACGCAGACCCAGGUGAAAAUAUGGUUCCAAAACAAGCGAUCCAAAUACAAGAAGAUCAUGAAGAACGGGCCAUGCGGACCUGAGGGAGACCACCUCGCCCCCCCACCGCCAUCCUCCUCUUCUCCGUGUUCCCUUUGGGACAUUAGCAUGGCCGCCAAAGGCGCGCCGGUGCACUCUGGAGGAUACAUGAACAAUUUCGCUCACUGGUACCCCGGACACCAGCAGGACUCCAUGCCGAGGACUCAGAUGAUGUGACAGACAGGAGGACACAACACUUCCAGGACAAACUAUGGAUUUAUACCAGCAAGCUGACUGGAGGUGUUAGGGGCAUGGACAUUGUUAAGAGCUUGAGCCACUCUGGAGGCAAAAAUAAUAUAACUGGCAGAGAUUAAGUACAGUAGAUAUUGAGGCUAUGUGAUAAAAUAGGUCAUCAGGACUAUGAAGGUCAAGAACCAUUGAACCAUUGCAACAGCAUUAUAAAUACCAUUAUAAAUAAUAGCAUUAUAGAGCAGUAAUAGUAAGACUGCAAAUGAACUUCCAACUAGCUGUCUGCUUAUGUUUGCCACAAAUCUUGCAAGUAAUGUACUGUAUGCAAAAAGAUGUCUGGCACAUUGUGAUUAGACAUCAACCAAAUGGCUCAGAUCUCAGUGAAUGAUUAGCGAGAUAUGGAUAGCGCUAAAUAUGACAGUGGCUCAACUCUGAGGAUUGAAUGUUCAAAUCUGAAUUCUGAACUGAGUGUGUGGUGCCACACAAAGCCUAGCACUUGGCAGCAAAGUAAAAUAUAAUAUGACCUAGUAACAAAAGUUUGCAUAGUUAGCAUAGCAGACAUUCAAAUUAGCUAAGCUAGUCUACAGACGUGUAAGGUUAGUUAACCAGCAUGUUUUGCUGUGUCCUUCCACAAAGGAAGGACACAAAUUGCUGUUCAAUUUGCCAGUUAGCUAAUUUAAAAUUGCUUAUAUUUGACUCCAACUAUGAAGAAAAGAGUUAAUGUAUGUUUAAAGAGAGACUGCACUACUUUUGCUUAACAAAAGCCUUGGUCACAAGUCAUAAUUACAGGAUAAUGAGAAAUACAAAAAUGUAGCUUUACAACAGUAGAUUAGAGUAUUAAAGACAACAAACAGACUCAGUAAUGUCCUUUACACUGCAAGAUCUACUGAGUUUGUUUGCAUUAGCUAACAUUUUCCACCAUAAGCCAUUGGUCAUCCCUGACUACGUAGCAACCUCCCCUGAGCGUACUGAAUGGAGCAAGGGUUUGUUUCUUCCUACAAAAGUGAACACAGAACACAAAAGUGAUCACUUUAAUACAGCCAGUCAAGUUAUUACUGCCUCCAGAGGAGCUCUGCUUGCCAAGACAUUUAGAUAAAGCUACAACGAAAGCUACAACUCAAAACUAAUGCCGGUGCUGCAUCUUUGUUUCUGGACAUUUCAGGUUUUUUUCUGUCUUCUGUCAGUGGGUCAAGGUAGGGCAGUUUUUUUUUUUAAAAGGGUUCUUCAGGGCUUCUUCAUAGUUGUUCAUUAUGGAACUCAAAAACAGAUCAAAUUAAAGAAAAUAUUCUUUUCAUUCUGACCAUUGUGUGUAUUUUAUAAUUUCUGACAGGGUGUAACACUAUAAAGGUUCUGUGUAGCAUAUAGACCUUUAAAGAGUCAUUUUGAAAAGCUGUACCAACAGGGGCUCUGAUGUGAACAAGCAGCCAUUUAAUUUUAUGGUCCCCUUUUUUAAGAGUAUUUGGGUAAUAGGCACUGAAUGGACACUGCUUCUUCAUUGUAUGUGUUACAAUUUCAUAUAUAUUUUUUCAUUAUAAUAAAAAACCUAGUUAAAAGAUCAAUCCAGAAAAUGUAUUUGAAAGCCAUGUAUAAAACUACUUACACCAGG